AUUUUUUAAUCUCACAUUUUAUGAAAAUAUCAACUUAUAAUGUCAAAAAAACUUUGUCAAACAUGAAGUAAAUAUCAUGGUUAGGUAAUGAUCUAACAAUAAAUUACACUUUAUUAUCAUCAAAUUUUGAAUCUAUACCAUAUGGUUGAGAGAUUAGUUUGCAUAAGAAAUUAUUUUAGGAGAGGAUUAUUAUUACAAAGGUGUAAACGUGUACCCGCAAUGGCCCACCAGAGCACAAAAUCGCGUUCCAAAUGUGUUCACUUCAAUCAUUUUACCAACUCUACUCUUGUGCAAUUGUCAAACAUUCAUCCACACCAACUCUUUCACUAUGUAGGAAAAUAUGGUUCAUAAUUUCCACUAUUCCUCAAACGAUAAGAUUGAACAUUCGUCCUCUCUCCCAUUCCAUUAAAAAAAAAAAAAAUACUCGACAGAAGAAAAAAGUAUACUGAUUAGGUGUUCAUAAGUGGUGGAAUGUGGUAGGUAGGUGAACCUUGUGCUUAUAUAUUUUGUGGGUUCUCUUCCUACUUCGGUAAUAGGAGUAAAUAUGAGUUAUCUUGGUGUUGGAACUAGUAUUAAUAAUGUUCAUGGAAGUAAUUUGAAGGUAAUUGAUAGGAGAGUUAGGGUUGCAGAGCUGAGUUUAAGGUGUUUGGUAUGUGGUCUAGCCAUUCUUGCUGCUGUUCUUAUUGGAACCGACUCUCAGGUUAAAGUGAUCUUUACUAUACAAAAGAAGGCUAAAUUUACAGACAUGAAAGCCCUUGUAUUCUUGGUAAUAGCCAGUGGGUUAGCUGCUGCCUAUUCCGUGAUCCAAGUUUUGAGGUGUGUUUUGAGUAUGAUUAGAGGAAGUGUGCUCUUUAACAAGCCCUUGGCUUGGGUCAUUUUCUCUGGAGAUCAGAUAAUGGCGUACUUGACUUUGUCUGCGGUUGCAGCAGCUGCUCAAUCUGCUGUAUUUUCCUAGAUGGGGCAGAGUGAACUGCAGUGGAUAAAGGUUUGCAACUGGUAUGGGAAAUUCUGUAAUCAAAUUGGGGAAGGCAUUGCCAGUGCUGUCAUUGCAAGCCUUGUUAUGGUGCUUCUCUCUGCCAUUUCUGCUUUCAGUCUCUUCCGUUUGUACGGAGGAAACCAAGGGAAGAGCGAUGCAAGCUGGUAGACUAAGAUCAUACACAGGCAUUCAUAUGUGUAUACACAGACACAGUACUAGUUCAAUUAUGGUUCUUGCAUUGUCUUUUAAGACAUAACCCUUGAAACGUAUGUGAAAGAUACUACUGGUUUUGGUCGUAAUAUAAACAAGAACUAGUGAUUCAAGGUGAUAUCUGUGAUAAGAAGCUCUGGGAUUAAGUCUAGCAAUAAUGUAUUAUGAAAAUUAAGUCCAAUCCAAUGACUUAAAUUUUCACGA